CACACCUUUUUUCCCUCACUCUCAUUCCUCUCUUACUCUCCUCAUCCCUCCCCACGAAUCACUCAUUCCUCACCUCCCAUCCACCUCAGAGAACUUCCCUUCCAACCAUGACCGAUAUCAAGAACGACUACCAGUACCAGCCUGGUUUUGCUAACCACUUCUCGUCCGAGGCUCUCCCUGACGCUCUUCCCAAGGGUCAGAACACGCCCCAGGUCUGCCCCUACAACCUCUACGCGGAGCAGCUCUCCGGAACAGCCUUCACGGUCGACCGCAAGCACAACGAGAGGACUUGGUUCUACCGUAUCCGUCCCUCGGUCUGCCACACGCCUUAUGAGCCCUUCCACAAGAAGACCCAGCUCGUGGGGAACUACACGGAUGCGGCCAACGUCAAGGUGACGCCGAAUCAAUUGCGUUGGUCUCCAUUUGAUGUGCCCACAGAGCCCACAGACUUUGUGGAGGGUCUGCACUCGAUCGCGGGUGCGGGCGAUGUCGGUGUCAAGCAUGGGAUGGCCGUGUUGAUCUAUGCGGCGAAUAAGGAUAUGGAGGAUACGGCGUUCAAUAACUCGGACGGUGAUUUGUUGAUCGUCCCUCAGCAGGGUCGCUUGGAUAUUACGACAGAGUUUGGAAAGAUCAUGGUCCACCCUAACGAGAUCUGUGUCAUCCAGCGCGGCAUCCGCUUCUCGGUUGCCCUCCCUGACGGACCAAGCCGUGGUUACAUUUGCGAGGUGUUCAACGGAUGCUGGACCAUCCCGGACCUGGGACCGAUUGGAGCGAACGGUCUGGCCAACCCCCGAGACUUCCAGACACCCGUGGCGGCGUUUGUGAAUGAGGAGAAGCCCUUCCGGAUCGUGAACAAGUAUGGAGGCCAGCUGUUUAGUGCGAAGCAGAACAACAGUCCAUUUGAUGUCGUUGCCUGGCACGGAAACUAUGCCCCCUUCAAGUACAACCUUGCGUUGUUCAACACCAUCAAUUCGGUGUCUUUUGACCACAUUGACCCUUCGAUCUUCACAGUGCUCACCUGCAAGUCUGAGAAGCCCGGUGUUGCCAUUGCGGAUUUUGUUAUCUUUCCUCCUCGCUGGUCCGUGCAGGAGAACACUUUCCGCCCUCCUUACUUCCACCGCAACUGCAUGUCCGAGUUCAUGGGUCUGAUCCACGGAACGUACGAGGCCAAGCAAGGAGGAUUCGUUCCCGGUGGAGCAUCGUUGCACUCGAUGAUGACCCCCCAUGGACCGGACGCGCCCACGUUUGAGAAGGCGUCAAAGGAGGAAUUGAAGCCAAUGUACAUUGCCAAGGGCACACAGGCGUUCAUGUUUGAGUCGUCGAUGCAGCUCCAGCCGACGCAUUGGGCGAUCGAGGAGAGUGGGAAGGUUCAGCAGGAUUACUUCCAGGCAUGGCAGGGACUGAAGAGUAACUUUGACCCUAACUGGAAGCCUGCUCAGAAGAAGUAAAAGAGGAGGGUUUGAAAAGAGAGGGGGAAGGAAAAAAAAAAAAAAAAAAAAAAAAAAAAAGUUUUU